AUGGAUGAAGAUCCAAGACAACGUCAAAGAGGUGCAAUGGACGAUGAGGACGAAGAAGUCGAAGCUAUCAAACAUCAAAUCCGUUUUACUAAACAAGAAACUGUCGGGAGUAGUCGUAAUGCACUUCGAAUUGCUCGUGAAGCUGAAGAAACAGCUCGAAACACCAUGAAUCGACUCGUAGAUCAAUCUGAUCGUUUGGCCAAUGCCGACAAUCAUUUAGAUUUAGCCAAAUCACAUGCUUCUAGAGCUGAUGACCAACAAAAAGAAAUCGUAGCCUUGAACCGAUCCAUUUUUAGACCCAACAUCACAUUCAAUAAGAAAGGCAAACGAGAUGCCGAAGAACAAAGAAUCUUAAAUCGACAUCAAGAAGAAAAAGAAGAAAGAGAAGAAGUUAGAAGACAACAAAUGGAAUCUAGAGAAAGAGCAUCAGGAGCGAUGAGAGCGAUGGACGAAGCACCUAAACAAGGUGGAUUGAGAUCUAGAUUAGCUGAAAAGAGUCGAUAUCAAUUUGAGAAUACUGCAAGUGAUGAUGAAUUAGAAAACGAAUUAGAUGAUAAUAUGGAUGAAAUUGCUGGGGUGACUUCUCGUUUGAAUAUGAUGAGUCGUACUAUGGGAGAUGAAAUUCAAUCUCAAAAUAAAAAAUUAGAUUCGAUGACUGCUAAGACUGAUAAACUUGAUUCUAGAAUUUAUGGUCAAACUGAACGCCUCAAACGUAUCAAGUAG